AUGAUUGAGCAGAAUAUCAACACUUUGAUAUGUUCAUUGGACUACAAGAACUACAAGGCCGAAAUAAGGACUGCAGAUGCACAAGAUUCCUUCAAGGAUGGGGUGGUUGUUUUGGUGACUGGAUGCUUAACCGGAAGGGAUAAGUUAAAAAGGAAAUUCGCCCAGACAUUUUUCCUUGCUCCGCAGGACAAGGGUUAUUUUGUGUUGAAUGAUGUUUUUAGGUAUGUCGAAGAUAAUGAGAUUGAUACCGUUUCAGAAGUGCUUAAUGGAACUGAGGAUGUGCAGUCAGAGGUUCUGACCCCUGAUCCAGAACCUACUCAUGUGGUUGAUCCUCCAAAUCUCGACCAAGCUGGCUCACCUGCAGAAGAAGUUCUUCAUGUUGAGGAAAAAGCCAAUGACUCUUCGGUAGAUGGGAGGCAAGUUGCAGAUGAAAGAGAGAUUGUUGUGGAAACUGGAUCCUAUUUCAACGAGGACCAGCACCCUACAAAUACAGAAUUAGCUAAUUUUGUUUCCCAAGAGGAUGCUCCAAAGAAGUCUGGAAUCGAUGUACCUGAAGCUAAUGAUGCUGAAGAUGAAGCUGAGGGAUACUCUAUUUAUGUCCGAAAUUUGCCUCUAGAUGUUACUGUAGCCCAACUUGAAGCUGAAUUUAAGACAUAUGGGCCUAUUAAGCAAGGAGGUGUACAACAACAAGGAUUCUGCUUUGGCUUUGUUGAAUUUGAAGAUAUGAGCUCCAUGAACAGUGCAAUACAGGCUUCACCUAUUAUCAUGGGGGCUCGUCAAGUUGUUAUCGAGAUGAAGCGAACAACAACUAUAGUUGGUAACAUUAGAGGCCGUUUCUCUCCUAGAAGAGGAGUAUUCCAAAAUGAAAAUUUCAGGGUCCGCGGAAUCUUUGGUGGAGGUCUGAGCUACAGGAGAAGUGAAUUUGGAGGACGCAAUUUUUCAGGGUGUGGUAGGGUUCCAGGUGGACGUGGUGGUGAAAGCUAUCAAUGGCCCUAG